GCCAGCAGAGACAAGGGCGAGCGAGCGCUGCGCGAGCCCCCCCCCGCCCGGUGCCUGCGCGGCGGUUUCAAGCUCCCCCGCCCGAGCGCCGCUGCCGGGUUUGCGGCCGCUGCUCCGGGCCGGGGCCGGCGGGGUGGCCGUGGCGAUGGGGCGCUGCGCCGGCCGCGCUCGCUGACGGGCGUGCACAGGCGAACCCCGGCCGCAGCAUGUACGCCAAGGGCAAGGGCCCCGCCGUGCCCUCGGACAGCCAGGCCCGGGAGAAGUUGGCGCUAUAUGUGUACGAGUACCUGCUGCAUGUGGGAGCCCAGAAAUCUGCACAGACCUUCCUCUCGGAGAUCCGAUGGGAGAAGAACAUCACGCUGGGGGAGCCCCCAGGGUUCCUGCACUCCUGGUGGUGCGUGUUCUGGGACCUGUACUGCGCGGCGCCGGACCGCCGGGAGACGUGUGAGCACUCCAGCGAAGCCAAGGCCUUUCAUGACUAUAGUGCCGCAGCGGCCCCCAGCCCCGUGAUGGGGAACAUGCCCCCGAACGACGGCAUGCCAGGAGGACCCAUGCCACCUGGUUUCUUUCAGGGACCUCCAGGCUCUCAGCCAUCACCACAUGCACAGCCUCCGCCCCACAACCCCGCCGCCCCCAUGCUGGGGCCCCACAGCCAGCCUUUCAUGUCCCCUCGCUACCCCGGUGGCCCCCGGCCCUCGCUCCGCAUGCCAAACCAGCCACCCGUGGGGGUCCCGGGGUCCCAGCCGCUGCUGCCCAACACCAUGGACCCCAGCACAAGAUCACAGGGGCAUCCGAACAUGGGGGGCCCGAUGCAGCGGAUGAACCCCCCACGAGGCAUGGCCGGGAUGGCGCCCCAGAACUACAGCAGCGGGAUGCGACCCCCGCCCAACUCGCUGGGCGGCCCCGCCAUGCCCACCAUGACCAUGGGCCCAGGAGGGCGAGCGCCGUGGCCAAACCCCAACACCAACUCCAUCGCAUACUCCUCGUCAUCACCAGGGAGCUACGUGGGCCCUCCCGGAGGUGGCGGCCCCCCAGGAACCCCCAUCAUGCCCAGCCCAGGAGACUCCACGAACUCCAGCGAGAACAUGUACACCAUGAUGAACCCCAUCGGGCCCGCUGGGAACCGGCCGAACUUCCCGAUGGGGCCUGGCCCCGAUGGGCCCAUGGGAGGCAUGAGCGCCAUGGAGCCCCAUCAUAUGAACGGAUCCUUAGGCUCUGGCGACAUGGAUGGGCUGCCAAAGAGCUCACCGAGUAACAUGGCAGGGCUGAGCAACCCACCCGGGACUCCACGGGACGACGGCGAGAUGGGCGGCACCUUCUUAAACCCCUUCCAAAGCGACAGUUACUCGCCCAGCAUGACAAUGAGCGUGUGAUCGGCUCGGACGUCCCGGCGCAGAGAGCCAGACGCCCCUGCGGUUCUAAACUAUUUAAAACACACCCGCAGGAACUGGCCGCCUGCUCUCCUGCCAGCACCCCCCAUUUCCCCCUCCACCUGGGGCACAGGCCCACCCUGCCUCCACUGGCACACAGCCCCUCCCCCCCCCGGCACUGCCCUCCCACUGCACCAGGCAGAGGAGCGAGCUGCCAGAACUGGGGCCCUGUUGGACUGGUGCUGUGGGGUACACUGUGGGUGGGUGGGGGGGCUGCUUGUGCCAGGCAAGAUGCUGUUCCCGGGCACGUUGGGGGGGGCGCGCUGGGCUGGGAGGUUGGAACCUGCUGACUGUAUGGGGGGGAAUGGUGGGGGGGAAGAAGGGGGCAGGACAGAGCUGUGGCUGCACCAGCCCAGAGCAGUGCUGGGGGCUUCCCAGCAUGGUUGGGCUGGCGGGGGGUGGGGGCACACAGGGGUCCAGCCACAGGCAGCCUCCUUCCCAGCCGGGCAGCAGAAAUGGGGCAGAGUGAGGCUGGGGACGAGUCCCCACCAGGGGUGCCAGGGGCCAAGCCCAGCUGGGUUUGCUGUGACACCCCCCCCCCCGGCACCAGGACCAUGCUGCUUGCUGUGCCCCUUGGGGGUUACCAGCCACAGCUGGCAGCCCAGCCCCCAGCUCUGCCCAGCCCCACACAGCAGGGUGGGGGGAGGGGGGGUAUUUAUUUAAGGGUUCGUUUUGCUGUACAGGGUUUAAUUUAUCAUGGGCUUCCCCCUCACCCCCACCUCCUCAGCUUCCAGGGAUCCCUACCCCCACCCCCUCCAGGGGGCUCAGCUGCACCAGAGCCCGCUAUGGAGCCAUGGGGCAGACCCUAGAGGUCAAAGCAGCUGGGGGGGGUGAGGGGGCAGGGUGCCUUGAGCACCCCACCCAGCAAUCUACCCCCCCCCCCCCCGGGCCAUCAGCAGGAGUUCUGGGCUACCCCCUCAGUGGAGUUACGCCAAUUUGUCAUCUGCUCAUUGGCAAAUACCCUAGGGCAGGGGUGCUCUGCCACUCGACCCCUCCCUUUCUGCCCCUGCUGCCCUAAUGGCCAUGCCCGCAGCCCCUGCAAACCACAGCACCUCAGCCUAAACCCCACCCCCCACCUACAGAGUCCUCCCUCUACCCCCCCCCCCCCAGCUGCCAGCUAAGCAAAGCUGCCUCAGCCCCCUCGUACUGCCCAGUUACCCACCCCUCCUUUCCUGUGGGCACCCCCAGGGCAGGGGGAAUCACCCUCCCCCCCAUGGGGUGAUAGCUCUCAGCUCGCCCAGGAGUCCAGCUGCACCCCUGGCCCUUCCACAGCUGGAAACCCCCUAUGGAGCCUCUAGGGAAUGGGGGCCCCCCAGCCCAGCAGUUUGCUCAGGCACUGUGAUUUCCCCACCACUACCCCCCCCCAGGCCCCAACUGACAGACUGGGCUCGGCCCUUGCCCUGCAGCAAAGGGAGGCAAGUGUACAUAGGCCCCCACAGCAGCCCCCUUUGCCCCGGGCACCUGGGCCAGCCGCCAUCAGGACCACUUUUAAACUUUCAUAUGAAGGAUUUUUCCCCUUUUAUAAACAUGAAGGACCUCAGCAGCCCGGCGGUGUUUCCUCCCGCUCUCAGCCCAAAGCCGCUUUGUACAGCCCCACUCCCGCCCCCACCCCAGCCCAGGCAAGGGGGCCUUAGGUGGGUUUUCUGUUGCUGUUGGGGGUGAACCUCCGCCUGCCUCACUGGUGUGCUGUGCCCGCCGCCGGCUGGGAGGGGACGCAGCCAGCUGGCAUAUUGCGGCCGCCGGGCAGCGCCUCCCCUGCUAGGUUAGCGCGUUGUGUAGGGAUUUCGUCUGUUCUUUCUACUCUGAAGGCUUUAGACUGAAAGUUGCUUAUCAAAAAAAAAAAAAAAAACAAAAAAAAAAAACAAAACAAAAAAAAAACAAAAAACACACCCAAAAAACCUGCAUCAAUAAAUGUAAUUUGAUUUUU